AUGUCGGUCACGUCACUAAAUGCGUUUAUUAGAGCAUCGGAUGCUCUCGUUGCAUACCGCGUGAGGUUUGAUAAUUUAGAUGAUGAAUUGCAUGACGUUUUUAAGUUGGAGAUUCGGAAACGGGAGUUAGAAAGACUUUGGGACAAAGUUAAUUCGACGUACGAAGUAUGUCUUAACACUCUAGAGUCUAGUGAAUUUAAAGUGGUAGCGGAAAAAUAUCAAGCCACAUCUUAUGAAUAUAUUGAAUGUGGAGGAUCUAUUUCUAAGAAAAUAAGAACAUUGGAAUCCGCUUCAAAAACUAAUGAACCUCCAACAGCGAAUUUGAAUUCCGAUACUUCAGAGCAUAAUCUGACGCUCCCUCCAUGCGAUAUCGACUCUUUCGUAGGGGAUUAUGUUUCAUGGCCCGCUUUUAGGGAUUUAUUUACCGCAAUUUACAUUAAUAGCUCGCGGCUUAGCAAUAUAGAACGUCUUUGCCAUUUAAUACGGAAAACCGAGGGUGAAGCUAAAACAAUCGUUUCAAGAUAUCCAUUAAAUAAUAAUAGUUUUGAGUUAGCUUGGCGCGAUUUAAGGAAUACAUAUGAGAAUCCUCGUAUGUUGGUGCAUAACCAACUAAAGCUUUUAUUUAGUCUUCCUGCCUUUGACAAGGAGUCGAUCACAGCACUCAAAACCUUACAGAGCGGAAUCGAUAGUUUUCUUACGGCACUUUCUAUUUACAAUGUGCCUACAGAUAAUUGGGACCCAAUUAUCGUGUUUAUGUGUAUUCAACGUCUACCUAGUUCAACAAUUAUUUUAUGGGAACAGGGCAUUAAGGACAAAUUAAGUUUAUCUUCAUGGAAAGAUUUAGAUAAUUUUCUGAAGGAAAGAAUUCUGACUUUGCAAUGUCUUCAAGAAAUUAAAGGUACAAACUCCACUAAUAUGGAAUCUUCAUUGCAAUCUCACAAUUCUUCCGUUAAAAUUUCUUGUAUUUUAUGUCCUAAUCAGUCCCACUACUUGCGAAAUUGUCGUCGUUUUAAAAGUCUUUCAAUAUCUGAUAGAAUUUCAACAGUGAAUGAGCAUAACUUCUGCACUAAUUGUCUUUCGAGGACACAUACCGCCAGAAGUUGCAAAAUCAAUAAUAAUUGUUAUAUAUGCAAUAAUCGACAUCACUCGAUGCUUCAUUUACAACAUUUAGAAAAUUCUGUGGUUGAAAGACCUACUGUUUCUACGGAACAGAACUCUGGUGCGGUUCUACGACCUACUAACUCCCACUACCAACAAUCACAUACGUCCAAUAAUGUAACGCCCAAUUCACAAGUAUUUCAUACUAGUCAAAACCAGUCUGUUCUAUUAGGCACAGCUACGGUAAAUAUAAUUCAUAAUAACAAUAAGCAUCAGGUCCGCGCUUUAAUUGAUUCGGGUUCGGAAUGCUAUUACAUUUCUGAACGAUUACGGAAAAGGUUAAAACUUCCCACGCAUUCUGCACACGCUCAAGUUUCUGGCAUCAAUAAUGUAGUUAUUGGAGUUUCUAAAUAUUGUCCUGUGGAAAUUGGUUCCGAUUUAGACUCUUCAGUAAACCUUAGUACAAACGCAUUUGUUUUACCAAAAAUUUCAGGAAAUUUGCCUUCAACUUCCGUAAAUAUCGAUAUUAAAAAGUUAUUGCCAAAUCUUCGUUUGGCGGAUUCUAAUCUUUUAGAUAGUAGGCCUGUAGAUAUUCUUAUUGGUGCGGAUUUAUAUCAUCGUAUAAUUUUACCGGAAGUACAGCAAAAUAUAUUAGGGUCGUUAUUGGCACAAAAAACUGUAUUUGGCUGGAUUCUGACAGGACCAGCCAAUCCUAGGGACUUUGAAUCACAUAUCGCAAAUUUACAAUACACUACGUGGUCCAACGCUUCUUAA